AUGCGGCGCAGUCUCCGCGCCUGCGCGCACGCGUCGUCGAGGUGCCGGCAGAAGCAGUACCAUGGCACACGUGCUGCUGCCCAACUUGUCGCGCCGCUGCUGACGGAUGCUCUCGACGCGGUUUCCUCCUCGUCGGUAGACGCGCGGCGCGCGGCGCUGGCGUCGGCGCUGGUGGGUGUUCCACCGUCCCUGGCGCAUGAGGGCCCCCUCGCCUGCGGCCACCUGAGCGCCCUCACGGGCCUCCGUGAGGGGGAGCUGCGGCGCGUGCUGUCGGCAACCCUCGCCGAGGCACUGGAGGCGCCGCCGACCGUCCACGUGGCGGCGAUGUGGCCUCCCUCCUUGCAGGAGACGUACGUGCGGGAGUUGCUGCGUGCACGCGCGGCGGAGACACGGCAGCCGUUUCCCCGCCGGUUCGAGGCGGGACUGACUGCCCGUUACGUCUUUGCUGGGAGCCCGGUGGAGGCGUGCGUGUCCGGCUGUGGCGAAUGCGCAACUGGCGAGGGGAGGGCGCUGGAGCCGGCGCAGGCGGGGCGCUGGCGACAACUGAUUGACACCUACACCUUGCUGUUGCCGGACCGCUCCCCGCUGCACGAGUUGGAGAACUUGCCGCAGGAGAUUGGCAUUGGUGAGUUGCUGUCCUCGCUGUGCAGCGAGGAGCAGGGCGAGGUUGAAGCAAUCAUCGACGUCGGCGGCGGCAACGGAUUCCUCGCGGCCCAGCUGGCGGAAGUAUUGCGCUGCGAAGCACUCGUCGUGGACCCCUUCACCCCGAAGCACGCCAUUGACAACGACAGUUUUCCGCACUGGGGGGAGCUGGCGAGGCAGCGGCCGCGUGUUCCGCGUCGACAGCCGCUGCGCCGCAUCCCUCGACGCCUCACGGAGGUGGACUGGGUGGCCACGCCGCUGGAUUUUAGCCGCUGCGCCAUGAUUGCGAAACACCUCUGCGGGACUGCCAUCGACACCUGCGUGCGACACCUGCGGGCCGUUGAGAGGCUGCCUCGUGUCAUGGUGCUUGUUCCCUGCUGCUUCAACAAGGGCUGCUUUGCGGAUUACUGCAACCCCGACUACCUCCACCGCGUCGCCGGUGUGACGACAGAGGCCGCCUGGAGCCGCUGGACGCGACUCACCGACUGGAAUCGCUCAAGCUACCAGCAGGCUGCCGCCACGCAUCGCACGCCAUGCUGCGGUGAGAUGGCGGAGGAGCAGCAGCGGCACCCAAAGCGGAGGAAAAAGCUGCAUCACUUUUUGCCCUGUAUGGACGACGUUGCCUCCGUGGCAGAGGCGGUCAUCAAUCAGGGACGUGUGCUUCGGCUAAGAGAGUUGGGGUACCACGCCGCCACGGUUGAGUACGUUCCUCGCUGCGUCACACCAAAAAAUCGCGCUAUUGUUGCCGUUCGUGACGUUAAAUUCCCGCCCCGACUACACAGCGGCGUGUAA